CUUCAGCAGGAUUUCAGUGGUGAAGGACUGCUACCUGUAAGCAUUCAGAAUGCCCGUCAUAAAUGUGGAGGAUUUGACGGACAAGGACAAGGCUGUAAUGGAAGUAAACCAACUAAAAGUUGAAGUGAAACUUGAGAGGUGGUUGACAUCUAAGUGCUGUGAGGAAAUCAAGGACUACAUUCAAGCUGGAGUGGAGGAGGACACCCUGGUCAAAGGCAUUUCAGAGGAGAAGAACCCCUUCAAGGAGAAAGGUGGCUGUGUCAUCUGCUAGAAUGGACCCGAGGAGCUUUUCAUAGCUCAGAUUAGUACCCAAGGACAUUCUCCCUCCCCUCCUAAAAUGGAUUUGCAGACUGAGACAUCUAGAAGGACACAAUAAAGAAAGAAUUUCCAAAACUACUACUGUAAACAAUUUCCAUAUCUUGCCAGAUUUGUAGCCUUAUAAUAUUAUUCCUUGGAAAGAUUGCAAUAAAUAAGAGUUUUGUUUGGCAAGAUUUAUAAUAAUGCUUCUCUCUCACAUGGUGUAUAUAGUCUCAGCAAAUGGGCCUGUGCGUUGUUUCAUACACUGAAGCAACUGUCAUUAAAUGUGCAUGUUUAUAACUCAGCCUGUCUCCUUAAUUCCCUAAGGGAUUUUAGAUAAAGUAUGAAGCAUAUAUAUUUCUUCAUUACCCCAUUUGCAUGCAUUUAGUUUGCCUUUUGUUAUGUGAUUAUUUUGUAGCAUAUAACAUGGGUAAUA